GACAGACAGACAGAGGGAGAGAGAGAGACAGAGGGAGGGAGAGAGAGACAGAGGGAGGGAGAGAGAGACAUUUACGGAUUAUGAUAUAAAUAUAAUAGUUAUAUUUCUAGUAAUUCACGGUGUUAUUUACACUCAGUACAAACCUGCACCAGCACAACGAAUCUGUUCAUCAUCAUUAUUAUUAUUAUAGUGAGUGAGUGAGAGAGAGAGAGAGAGAGAGAGAGAGAGAGAGAGAGAGAGAGAACACAUGUAAAGCGAGCGACUGAGAGGGGACGAGAAAAAGGGAAGGCAAGAGAAAAAGGCGAAAGCAACAAGGAAGCGCUCCCUGUAUCCUGCGUCCCUCCGAGCGCCUGAGCUUUACUGCUGCACAUUAGUAUUAUUAUUGUUCUGUUUUUUACAACUGAACCGAAUCAUUUCUGAUGCGCGCGCCGGGACGAUGCGACUCGGCGCUAAUCACAGAGUGUAGAGGUGAUGUCGGGCAGUAAGGCUCUGGGGGGGGCGAGGCGGCGCCGUACCCGUUGCCGGCGCUGUCAGGCCUGUAUGCGCUCCGAGUGCGGAGAGUGUCACUUCUGCAAGGACAUGAAGAAGUUUGGGGGACCAGGACGCAUGAAACAGUCCUGUCUACUGAGACAGUGUACUGCUCCUGUGCUUCCUCACACGGCGGUGUGCUUUGCGUGUGGAGAAGCGGGGAAGGAGGACACUGUGGAGUCUGAGGAGGAGAAGUUCAGUCUCUCUCUGAUGGAGUGUACCAUCUGCAAUGAGAUCAUCCACCCCAGCUGCCUUAAGAUGGGUAAAGCAGAAGGCAUCAUUAACGAUGAGAUCCCGAACUGCUGGGAGUGUCCCAAAUGUCACAAGGAGGGCAAAACCAGUAAGGAUGGUGAUGGUUUAGGGAAGCGGCGGUUAGAUAACGGUGAAGUCGGUCGGUGGAAGCUCACAGACGAUCCGCCUCCGAGCAAAAAGAAACCUCCGUCUGCAGAGGAGACGCGCCAGGAUGGGCAGAAACGCAAGAAGGAGAAGGAGCUGUCUCAGGACAGCGGGCCUAAGAAGAAGAUGAAAGGCGCUCGGGAAAAACACCUGAAAAAGCAGAAACAGAAGCCGAACUCUUCUGACUCUGUUGAGACAAACGGGCCAAACUCCACCUCUGGGGUUCAAGGGUCAGCCGGCGUGGGCUCAACGACGCAACCGCCGUCUUCAACCUCCAAUCAGGAUCAGCGUUCUCACCACCGGGAGAAACUGGAGCGGUUUAAACGCAUGUGCCAGCUGCUGGAGCGCACCAGAGAUUCAUCCUCCUCCUCUUCUUCUUCCUCCAGCUCAGAGUCAGACUCGGAUUCUGACUCGGACUCAGAUUCGGCGUCUCCUGGCGGUGCUUCUGAACCGUCGUCCCCGGCGACGACAUACAACUCCCGGGAGAGAGAGCGUGAGAGAGAACGUGAGCGAGAACGUGAACGAGAGAGGAAUCGCCGUCUGGCUGAACUGGGCUUCAGCGCAAGUGACGACUCCGAAGGUGAGAGGACGGGAAAUGAACAGGAACAGGAAGUGACAUCAGAGGAAACUCAGCAACAACAGCAGCGCAGCCGGAAAUCCGAAAACACUCCGAGGGGACGCAAACCGGUUGCAGUGUCCGAGAUCGAGGACGAGGACGCAGCAGGGGGCGGAGAGAAAAACAGAAAACCAGGACUGCUGACUCCGCCCUCUCCGUCAGCCCUUUCCUCCAGUCAGCACCAGCCUUCCAUAGGCCACACCCACUCAGAGGGCGUGUCAAAACGCAGCAACGGACAGGAAGUGUCACGGAAUGGGCGGACACGGAUGGAGAAAGAGAACGCCAAGGGUAACAGUGGAGGCACUAAUUCUAACGCUAAUCAUCGACACCAGGCUAACAAAACAGGCCGCGCUGGAAAAAUGCGGAGUGGGACGAAGCAGUCUACGACGCAGACGACAGGAAGUGGGACCGCAAACGGAGGAAACGGAGGCGUCCUCCUAUCCAGUCCGGCAUCCCGCAUCGCAGCCCAGCUGACGUUUAUCUCUCCGCCCAGAGCGGUGCAGAUGGAGAGGCACCUGGUGCGUCCUCCGCCUGCCUGUCCCGAGCCACACUGCCUCCUGCUGGACAGCGGGGCGUCUCACGUCCUUCCUCGAGACGUCUGGCUCAGAGUGUUUCAGCACCUUAACCACAAACAGCUGUGUCUCUGCAUGAGGGUGUGCAGGACAUGGAGCCGCUGGUGCUGCGAUAAAAGACUGUGGACUCGGAUCGAUCUCAGCCGUCAGAAGUCCAUCACCCCCCCAAUGCUGAGUGGUAUAAUCCGCCGCCAGCCUGUCGCCCUCAAUCUGGGUUAUACCAAUAUCUCCAAAAAACAGCUCAUGUGGCUCAUCAACCGCUUACAAGGUCUGUUGGAGUUGAAUGUAUCGGGCUGUCCAUGGUCUUCUGUCUCGGCUCUGUGUCAGACGGUUUGUCCCUGUCUGCGUCUGCUGGAUCUGAGUCGAGUCGAAGACCUAAAAGAUUCACACCUGAGGGAACUUCUGGCCCCGCCCAACUCUGACACGCGCACAGGAGAGAGUAGGGGUGGGCGGUUCCAGAAUGUUACUGAGCUGCGAUUGGCUGGUUUGGAGGUGACGGAUGCAGCAUCUCGGCUGCUGGUUCGCUACCUGCCUCACCUGACCAAACUGGACCUGAGUCAGUGUGGACAAAUCACAGACCAAACCAUCAACACACUCACAUCCCCUAUAUCCCCUCUGAGAGAGAGUCUCACACACGUCAACCUCGCAGGCUGUGUGAAGGUGACAGAGCAGUGUUUACCGUUGCUGAGGCGGUGUGUGUCACUGCAGAGCGUGGACCUGCGCUCGUGUGGUCUCCUCCCCCCUGAGACAGAUGACAGACUGCUGCUGAAGAACAGCUAGACUCUCCAUGCACACUACAGCCUACAGCACGCCGCCAAAAGAGACGCAGCCCACGGACCCAAGCAUACGCACUCUGACGGGGCACCGGGUGGGGGAGGGGUAGUGUUGGAUCGUGGGGGUUCAGGGGGUAGGGAGGGGGUGGAUUGGAGAGGGAGCGUGACCAAUCACAAAAAAAAACCUUUUUCUUGCUGCAGUUGUUUAUUUGUGAAAAUGGACUUAUGGACAAGCUAGCAUGUAAAUAUUCAGUAUCGUGUGUGUGUGUGUGUGUGUGUGUGUGUGUGUGUGUGAGAGGGAGAGUUAGUGUUUUCUGCUCAGCAGCCCACCCAUCAUCCUCCAGGUCUGUCCCAACCCCAACCUCCCGUACACACUUUACACUCUAAUGUAUUUGAAACAUUUGCACUAUGUAGUGAACUUCGUACACAGAAUGUAUCCAUCACUAGACAGGACAGAGACGACAAAAACAAAUAACCCAAAGCAACCAAACACAAAAAGAUGAGCCAGAGUCACAGACCGAUGGAGUCCGGGUGGGCUGGUGUGUGUGUGUGUGUGUGUGUGUGUGUGUGUGUGUGUGUGUGUGUGUGUGUGUGUGUGUGUGUGUGUGUGUGUGAUGUAAACAGUGUUAAUGUAUCUAUUGCUGAUGGGGUGACCGCAGCCCGUUUGUUUCCCCUUCGAUUUGAGGACCUCGCUAUCCCAUAAGUCUGAGCCUGAAAGGGUGGGGUUUGUGAUGGAAGGGGCCAUGGCCACUCCUCCUCUUCCUCUUCCUCACCAUCUCCACCCUUCUGUUCGUGCCAUUCACCCUUUCAUCUUCCUUCUCUUUUCUUUCACACCACUUUUCCAGUGCCAUGUUUCAUUUUCCAGAGUAAGUGAACUUCGCCUGUGGAUCAGACUUCAGCCGGGAGAAAGACACACACACACACACACACAAACACACACACACACACGCACGCACACACGCACACAGGCACCAGGGCCGAUCUUCCUCACUCCGUUAACUUUGUUCUUUAUUUGAUUUUGUUUUGGUUUAUUUCGACCAGCAUUGCACUGAGAACAAACAGGAACAUUUUAACAGGUGAUGGGAUUCAGACGUUUAUAAACAGCUUUUCUUUUCCUUACUGAAACACUUCCAUCUCCCUCCAGUUGAUUUCAUUGAGGCGGGUACUCGAAGCUGCUAAUCUGACCUCUGACCUCCUGUAAGAACGCUCUCUCUGUUGGUGCUGAUUGUGGGAGGGGUUUGUCCCAAAUCACUGAAGCUGAUCUGGGGGUGUGUCCCAAAUCGUGCUCAGUAUACUCACUGAGCCAAACAAACAAACACAAACAUAUAAAAUCACCACAGAUCAGCAUCGAUCUUUCUCCUAACUCGCUGCUUUAUGUCCUACUGUUGAUCUUGGUUUUUAGAGCUGAGGAAGUGUGUGCGCUUGGUGUAAACGGGGGUCCGAGGGGCUUCCAUUACGUUUAAAUUGCAGGUCUUUUGGUGGAAAAGUGCCAGUGAUAAGGAUUUACUGACUCCAUGCUGUCUCUGUGCGCGUGUCCUGUAACCUCCCAGCUGUUUGGUGUUUGUUUACAGGGUCCAACACUUUCCAGAUGUUUUUCGUGGCUUCAUCAGACAAAAUAAAUCCUCUCUCUCCUCCACGUGUUAUGACAUCACUGCUGAUUUGCAUAUCAUUAUGGUGUGGAUUCCAGUGAUGAUAUGAAUGGUAUUAAACCAGCUUGUUCCACCAUAUCGAGUGUUUCAGGUCUCCAUCAUCAUCAUCAUCAUCAUCAUCAUCAUGUGACUUUAAUCUCUUGCCAAAUUUCCUAUUUUGGUUUUUGUUCAGGGGCAUUGUGUGUGUGUUUGUUAUUUUUUAAUCAACUUCUUUACUGUCUUUUAAUUUUUUGUUUUCUUUCUUAUUCUUUUAUUCAUUGUUUCCUUCUUUGUGUCGAUCAAAGCGAGGGCAAGAAUUAAAAUAAUGAGAAAAAAAGAGAAAAAACCUCAAGGCAGCUACUUUGAGUGACUACUGUAAAAUGACUAACUAAAAUAAAGACAGUGGGGUUUGUUUUUA